UCAGGCCAAUCCAAGGCGGUAUGAUGACCUGUCUGGAGAGGGCGUCCGUGACGCCCGACGAGUCUUUGUAAAGAGUUAUAGUUGUUACAUACUUUGUUUGUUUUUAAGUGUUUUGUAAUUUGUUGUUGCGUUGUAAUAUAUUGAGCCUAAGGUUAACAUUCGUCUAACGUUAUUCCUACUAAUCUCACAUUUUGGGGGCCUGUCCGGGAUCGUAGUCGAAAAUCUGUUAUUCUGAAUUGUCUAGCCUGUGCGAAGAGACCCGUACCGAUUGUCUUGUUCGCGAGUGCCGUUUGUUUAUGUAAUAGUGCGUGGUUCGAAAUUCGCCGCUUACUCGUGUCUUAAAUUGUCGUUCGACAUACACGGUAGGCCUUUGUUGUGUCAUGCAUGGAAAAAACGUGGUGCGUUUGAGGUUGUUGUACAUCGCCAUUUGCAUUACCUCAAAUUGUCGUUUAUCGGCAACGAAGUUUAUCGUAUCAGUACUGUGGUUAUUAGCUAACCUACCGUGGUAUUUGCAUCAAGUGAUGUGAUUGCGCGAGUUGUGAGCUGUUAUCAUUGAUAAAGCACGAACCGCGAUUACGGCUAAUUGUUGUUAGUGUGCUGUGUGAUCGUGAGAAUUCCGUUCAUAUAAUGCCUACUCGUAAACAGAAGUCAGUGGCCAGGAAGCAAACUUAGAGCAUUAAUAUUUUUCACGUCGAGACUGAAGCUACAAGUAGCAAUACGAUCAAAUUCGGCGAUGUCCAAGAUGCGUUGUUACCUUACACGGGUGAGGGUUAUUGUUCGGUGGUGAAGUGGCUCAGUGACUUCGAUGAAAUGGCGUUGUUGUGCGCUUGAUCAGACCUACACAAGUUUGUUUACUGUAAACACUUGCUCUCAGGAAUGGCACAGGCUUUUGUUAGGUCAGAAGAUGGUUUGAGCUCAUGGUCAGUGUUACGCACUUGGUUGCUUAGUGAGUUCUGUAGUCGGCUAACAGCAGAUGUUCACCAAUUGCUCUCCACCGAUUUUAAGCAGCAAAAUGAAACGUUGCAGUACCUGUGUCGCAUGCGUGAAUUGGCAAUGCAAGGAGGUGUCUCUGAUGACGCGCUGAUUGACUACAUUAUUUGUGGAAUUUUAGAUGUGGUUGUCAGCAAUAGUAUACUAUAUGGUGCAUCGUCAGUAGUUGUAUCAUAUAAAGAAAAACUUAAUUUUAUAAUAAAAUCUAAAAAAUAUAAUAAUUUACUGACAGAAUUAAGUGAUAGUAUAGUAAUAAGAGAAGCAGAAAAAAACUAUACUUUAAAAUGUCCGACACCAGCUGGUCAAUACUAUUGGGUGGUUCAGCAUUUCAAGGCUGAUAAAAUUGCUAAUGUUCCGCCUCAGGAAAGAUGAUAUUAAAUAUGAAAUCUUAAAUAAUUGUGUAUUAACCAUUUUCAAUUUUUAGCUGGAAACAUGCUGAAUGUUUAAUUAAAAUGACAUCAGAUCAAAAGAGCAACUACAUAAAUAUAAACAACACUCUACAAUCAACAAUCGAGCUAAUUUUAGAUCGUUUUAUGGCUGACCCGAAAAAAAAAAUGAUGACCAAUAAAAAUUUGAAUUGAAUUUGAAUUGA